AUGGCCAAUGCUGGAGCAGCCUUUGGGUUGGAAGACGUGCCGGAUUUGCCUGAAGCACCCACGGAACAGCCCAAGUACAACCGGGAUUACCAUCGUCUCUUCGUCAAAUUCAUGAGCUGGCUGCACAAGAGGACAUACACCAAGGCGGCUCGCUUCCAACCUAGUGCUUUGGCCGGCAUCCAACCACACCACGUUGCCGACUACUUGAAAUGGCGUGCGUAUGGUACGACCGAUGUUGACUUCAAAGACCUCGAGCAGAAUCCAACUUGCCGCUCCUCUACUCUUGAGCAAGACAAGAAGGCUAUCUCCUUCUACAUGCCCAUCAAAGGUGCCACAUGGAAUGGAACCUCCGGCAAUCCAACCAAGUCCGAUCCUGUGAACGAAGUGGUCAAGGAAGUCAAGAAAGCGGAGACUCAACACCGCGGCAAGAAGUCCUGUGCCACCAGGGAUUUGACGGAAACUGAGUAUCGCAAGGUGGUCCAUGAACUCUACGGCAAAGGGAGCUUUGAAUCGACCAUCCGUACAGCCUGCAUGUUGAAGCAGCAAGUCCAUCUCAUCACCAGGACGGACGACAUCUCCAAGUUGAAGUAUUCCGACUACAAGCCGCAUCCAGACUUCCCUUUUGCGCUCAGUUGCAAGAAUAUUUCGGAAGAACGACAAUGCCCUGACCAAAUCAUUCUUGGGUCGAUGGAUACCGACUUUUGUGCUAUGCUCGGAUUGGCGUCCUUCAACUACGGUAUGGCGCCGCUGGUCGGGAAGAUGCAUUCUCUUUACUCCGAAAGCGAUCCUAAGUUGGCUCCCAGCAACAGCUCGCACGAUCACGCCAUUGCAGCUGCACAUCUUGUACUGUCGUGCAGUCUGGCAUCAUUCUGGGCUUGUGGCUCUCUCCUACAGAAUUCGUAUGGAGAGUACUGGCAGACAAUGGGUGCUACAAGGUCUCUUGUCUGGACGGGUUGUGCCUACAUUUCGCCUGAACAGCCCUGGAUCGACGCUCGUGUUGCCGAAAAGCUUUGCAUGGGGGCUCCUAUUGCCUACAAGCUACACCCGGAUGCCAGGAGAGUGACUCCCGAUGGCGUUUUACGACGGUGUCAACGACAUUUCACUUCACUUGGCUCUGCCUCUUCUGUCUGUCUUGACGAAUCUUGGGAGGAGAGGAUGGAGCCUCCCGUUCGUGCGUACGAGGCAUCCGAUAUUCCUGUUGGCGUCAACCCUGUGGUGAAAGUGCCUCUCUCUAUUUGGACGCACACACAACCAAGUGGCGGUGGGGCUGGCAGGCUGGGAACGACCGGCCAGGCAAGCACUCGUCAAGUUGCCAAUCAGUCGCGGCAGGUGACGGCUAUGCAAACGCAACAGCAGGUACGAACGAACGAGGAGAUUCUGACAAGGAUUAUUGCGCAGCACAACCAGCUCCAGCAGCUCAUAGCGCAAGAAGGUAGGACCCGCGACAGUUCGGCUGCUGCUUUGAGAGGUUGGUUGGAGACUUGGCUUGGCGCGGAGCUGACGAAACUCAAUGGAAAUAUUUGCAGGAUUGCUGUUCAGCCUCCAAGGAUGGCAACACCUGAUCAGGUAGAUGGGUUGACUGUGGAAAGGACUCGCCGGAAUGGCCAGACUAGCCUCAGGUACAGACAAGCUGUGGCCACCACCCCUGCUGAUAGUAGGCCUGCCAAGCUAGCCAAGUACAGAACUGUUGGCUCUGCUUGGCAAGAGUGGAUGCAUGGUAUUGGUGGCAACAAGCCAGCCAAGAACUUCACUGCUGAUGAUAUCAGCUACUCCAGGAGGAAGCCACUCUGGACUCUCAUGGCUACACUUGUCAAUGCUCAGAAAGCUCCAGCUUGGGUCAUCUCCAAGAUUGAGGAGCAUUACAAAGGAAGUGUUUUGAAUAUUACUGCUGCCAUCAAGCAGGACACCAUUAUGGGCACUCUGCAUGAGGAUCUUUGCAUUGUUCGUGCUCAGUAG